CCAUAUGUAACUAAAAAAACCUAAGAAUCCAUAAUUCCUCCCUUCAACCCACGAGAGAAAUUUCAAAUUUGUUCCAAAAUCACAUUCAAGUCAUACUUCCUCACAUGAUCAUGCGUGUCAUUUCCCAAGUCUCUCUCGUCUACCAGCUCCUCCUCACCAAAUUCCUUGUCAUUUUUCAACUCUGACAAAUUUUCAAAUUAUUGUAUCACUCAUUUUACAAAACCCCCAUUAACAACCUUUCUUCUUACAAUCUUUGUCAAAUUUGUCGAUCUGCCGGGAAAUCACUGCUUGUUUGCUGCCGGAGCUUCCAAAUUCCGGUGGUCAAACAAAAUUUUCCGGCAAUUUCAGAAUAGUUGAGUUUCUAAAAAUAGAAAGAAGAUGCAGAGAGAAAAAUCGGAAGAUGGAAAUCCAUUGUUGCCAUUAGAAGUAGAGGAAAAAGAACAUUACAAACAGCUAUUAAGUCCGCUACAAGAGUUCAAUCAUGAAUCAAAGAAAUUAUGGAAUAUUGCUGGUCCUGCAAUUUUUACAGCCGUUUGUCAGUAUUCAAUGGGUGCUCUUACUCAGACAUUUGCUGGGCUUGUCGGCGAUCUUGAGCUUGCUGCUUUUUCUGUCGAGAAUUCCGUUAUCGCUGGUCUUGGCUUCGGAGUUAUGCUAGGAAUGGGAAGCGCAUUGGAGACAUUAUGUGGGCAAGCAUUUGGAGCUGGGAAGCUUAAAAUGUUGGGAGUUUAUAUGCAGAGAUCAUGGGUUAUUUUAUUAGCCACUGCCUGUUUACUCACCCCUCUAUACACAUACUCUCCCUAUAUUCUUCAACUCUGUGGGAACACGCCUGAAAUCUCUCAAGCUGCUGGAAAAUUUGCUGUGUGGAUGAUACCUCAACUGUUCGCCUAUGCUUUUCAUUUCCCUAUCCAAAAGUUCUUGCAAGCACAAAGAAAAGUGUUUGUGAUGGCAUUUGUGUCUGCUAUUGUUUUGGUGUUCCAUGUGACUUUCAGUUGGCUAUUUAUGUUGAGGUAUGGGUGGGGCUUGGCAGGAGCAGCAAUUAUUCUCAAUAUUUCAUGGUGGCUGAUAGUUGUUCUGCAGCUACUCUAUAUUUUCAUCACAAAGUCAGAUGGUGCUUGGAGUGGAUUCUCCUGGCUCGCAUUUGCUGACUUGUGGGGUUUUGUACAGCUCUCGUUGGCAUCUGCUGUGAUGUUGUGCUUGGAGUUUUGGUACUUGAUGAUGCUAGUGGUUAUUGUAGGCAUUCUCCCGGAUCCUUUAAUACCUGUUGAUGCCAUCUCCAUUUGCAUGAAUCUGCAAGGAUGGGAUGCAAUGAUUGCGAUUGGCUUUAAUGCUGCCAUCAGUGUAAGAGUAUCCAAUGAACUUGGAGCUGGUAAUUACAGACAAGCAAAAAUCUCUGUAACAGUGGUUUCGAUUACUUCGGUGGCCAUAGGUUUUCUUGCCAUGAUUGUGGUGCUCGCUACUAGAGAUUCAUUCCCUUACCUUUUUACGUCAAGUGAUGCCGUGGCCAAGGAAACUACAAGAAUUUCAAUCUUAUUGGCGUUCACAGUUCUUCUCAACAGCCUUCAACCUGUCCUAUCAGGUGUUGCGAUCGGAGCAGGAUGGCAAUCACUUGUUGCCUACAUCAAUAUCGCGUGCUACUAUCUUUUUGGGCUACCUGCUGGCAUCAUUCUUGGAUUCAAAUACGGGUUUGGAGGAAUGGGAGUAUGGGGUGGAAUGAUUGGCGGAAUUUGCUUGCAAACCGUUAUUUUGAUAGUAGUUACAGCGUUCACAAAUUGGAAGAAAGAGGCAGACGAGGCAGAGAGUAGAGUGCGAAAGUGGGGAGGAUCAGCAGCAUAUGACUGAUUUUACGCAGCAACGCAAAGGUAAAAGCGGUGACAUAAUUCAUUUGAUGAGGCAGAUGAUUGUCGUUACUCGUAUCUCCGCUGCAUAUUUGAUGAGUAACACGGCUAAUUUUGUUGAUUAUCUUGCCUACUUGAUUAUAAUUUAACCAAAGUGAAAGAGUUCAAAACGUGUCACACUACGAUAAUUUUGUAUUUUGUUUUAUGUUGUACAAAAAUAUGACUUUUGAGGAUAAAAGUGAAGGCAGUACAAAGGAUGUACUUGGCAGUUGAUCACCCAUGAAGAUUUGAUUACUUCUUUUGCAGUAUCUUUGACUCCGUUACACACUUUAGAACAGAAUAAUGAAUGCUUGGGAUUUCAUAA